UGGGUGAAGUCACCAAAUAGCAAGUUAAAGCAGCCAGAAGCGAUUCAAAGUGUUCAAAAUGUUCAAACUGCUCGUCGCGAUAACGGUGUUGGCCGUGGUGGCCGCUCAGUCUUCCCCCGAACCGUCGGAGAAGUGUUCUGGUAACCAGUCCUGGUCGAUAUGCGGACAAAUGUGCGAGCCAAGUUGCGAUCUACCGCAUCCGAACCCUAAGUUCUGCCCUAGACUCCCGUGCCUGAGACCCUUGUCCGGCUGCAGGUGUAAAAAAGGCUUCGUGAGGAACGAAAAUAACCACUGCGUUUUGCUGAAGGACUGUCCUCCCAGGUCAGAUUCUUAAGCGGUCUAAAGCGAUCUUCGCCCCAAGAGCUAUUGCACGAGAUUAUACUCUAAGAAACCGUGCAAUAAAUAUCCAAUAAAUAAGCAAUUAACGAAAAAAGACGAUCUACGCAAGAUAAAUUCAAUUUCUAAACAGUCGUUCGCUAAUGAUAGGGACCAUUGUUUGCGCGUCGACGGGUCAUGUCGGACCCGAUUGGGUGCGCGUGAAACGUCGACCCUCGUCCCGUGCCGCGUGACAGCGCAACACUCGAAAAACUGACACCAUAGAUCGCGUAUCAUAGACUCAAAUAAUUUGGAAAAAUGUCGAUAAAUUGGAAAAUGAACGAUUUGCAAAAUAAACGAUUUGGAACAAUAA